CAACACUUUAAAAUCAGCUGUUGCGUAUCAGACACUUCCCAAUUGGAAUAUUUAUAAAAUUUUAAACAAAAUAAAUGUGUUAAAACAUGACCCGCACUUGCAGAAUCUGUGGCGGCGACAACGGUCGCUACUGGAUUGAGACGCCUGUCGAGAAAUAUGCAGAGAAGACCUUCGGACAGCUGCUGCUCGAGCUGACCAGAAUAGAGGUAGCGAUGGCGCAGGCGGAGAAGUUUCCCCAGUGGCUGUGCUCCGCGUGUGCCGAGAAACUGGAGAGCACCUACGACUUUGUGCUGCAGGCGCGGCAGACGCACGAACUCUGGCUGCAAAAACUUGGCGACUUUGCGGGCGGCGAUGAGGAGGUCUCUGGGGCCUUAGAGUGCCUCCGCGAGACACCCAUCCACCUGUUUGAAAUAGAAGGCGUGACCAUAAAGACCGAGGAACUGGCUUCCUCGCACCGAGUGGCCAAGGCCGAUCCUCUGGUGCGGACACGCUUUGUUAAGCGCAGCAUAGUCCACUUCAGCGACUCGGAUGACGACCAGGACGAUGUACCACUGCGACAGCGCAAGAAUACUUCUUCCCUCUCCGCCUCUGAACCAGCGAAAGAGAAUGUUUGCGAGCUGUGCAACAAAGCAUUCAGAUAUGUCACCAAUCUGUAUCGGCACAAGCAGCGGGAUCAUGGCAUUGCCGGGAAAAACGGAGAGGACUAUGAUGAUAACUACUACAAGUGCGACCAGUGCGAGAAGACCUACAAGUACGUGAUGGCGCUGGUUAAGCACAAACACAACGAGCAUGGCGCCAGUCUACUGCCCACUAAGAUGUCCAGAAGAAAGUUACCCGGAAGGCCCUCGGCGUUGCCCGAGGAGGCCAACCCUUCUAGUCCAGCUUCCACCUCCUGCACCUCCAUACACCGAAGCAGGACUAACAAUGACUCUCUGGUUCACAGCAUCAUCAAAGCAGUGGAGCUUUCGGAUGAGGACGGCACCAGCAGCGUGGACAACUACUACAAGUGUGAUCAGUGCAGCAAAACCUACAAGUAUAUUGUGAGCUUAAUCAAGCACAAGCACAAGGAGCACUCCGACAAACAGUCUGAUAAGCAAUCGGAGUCGGACGAUGAUCAGCCACUGCCCUCCACUUCCGCCGCGGCACUUCCCUCAGCCGCCAAGCCCUCGAGGAUCAACCGUCGGGUCGAGGGUUUCGACCACCAUCGAUGCGAACCGAAUGGUGCCAAGGAAAUCAAGUGUAUGAUCUGCUUGCGAAGGUUCACCAAACUGCGUGAACUUAGGGACCAUCUGCAGGAUCAUCCCACUGACUUCGAUUUCGAGGCGCACGGCGAGCCCAUCGAGCGCAUUGCAGAGGGAUUUUUCAAAACAGCCGUGGAAUCCACGUCGGAGGGUUUGAAGAGGCGAAUUUUUCGAGAUCUCAGAAUGGGCGUUUAUGGACGCUACUAUUCAAUUACGAAUCAAGCUCGCUACGAGAUGUCCCUGGACAGUUCGGAUACGGACAGUGAAGGCGAUGGAAAUGCGGACGUUGUCAUCCGUCGAAGCUACUCCUGCGAACUCUGCGAUUCCCCAGAGGCCAGGUGGCCCCGAAAGUACCUACUGCACCAGCACCACCGGAUGGAGCAUAGCUGGACAGAUGCUCCUCACGUCUGCCAGCGCUGCGACUCGAGGUUCCUCAGUGCCCAGCUGCUAGAACACCACACCAGCCAACUGUGCCAAAACACUCUGAAGCGCUUCAUGUGCGACAAGUGUCCUCAGCGUUUCUUUUGGCGCCGGAACCUGCGCGCCCAUCUCGUCGAGCACAAGAGCAAGCAAGAGACUUACCCAUGCGAUCAGUGCUCCCGGAGUUUCCAAGACAAGAGCGCCGUGACCAAGCACAAGCUGAUGAUGCACCGGGAUAGCAACAUGCAGCUCCUUCCCUGCCGCUGGUGCACCCGCACCUUCUACCGCCCAGCCUUGUUAUACAAGCACGUGCAACGACAUGGAUUUACUGGCCAGGAUCUGCCACUGGCUGAAACCCUGUUGGCGGAUGCUUCUAAACCGGCGGGUCCAAAAAGCAUUCAGUGCAAGAUGUGUGAUAUCCAGUUUAUUAGCGUGGCGGACUUGCGACGGCACAUUUCAAUGCAGGGCCACAGUAACGAGCCGUCGGCCUACAUGAUUAGCACUGCCACUGGUUUUGAGCUUCUGCUGGACGAUACGGACGACAGUGAUGAGGAAGGUAGCGGUCGGUCGUACACCUGCGAUCUGUGUGAUAUGAACUUCCGGCGCCGACGGGAGAUGAGUGAACACCAGUACUCGCUUCACAGCUUCGACAAGUUGCCUCACUCCUGCGAGCACUGCAUUUUCAAGACGGUGGAUAAAUUCAUGCUGGCUCAGCACCUGCGCACUCAGUGUCUGAACAGCGAGAAGAAGUUUGUCUGCGCUCGCUGUGGCUACAAGUUCAUGUGGGAGGAGAAUCUGGCCCAGCACCUGGCCACCCAGCAUCCCAAGCAACCCGCCGUUCCUGAGCAGCAACCUUCGGUGAGGAGAAAGCGACGGUUCCGCUAUCAGUGUCCCCACUGCUGGCGUUCCUUCGUCGUUCAACCCAGCCUGGAGAAGCACAUCCGGGAUAUGCAUGUGGCGAAAAAGAACCCAGGAAAGAAGUAUCUCUGCUCUCUCUGCGGCCUGGAGUCGCUUACGCCAAAUAAGCUGAACAUCCACAUGCGACGCCACAUGGGCGAGAAGCCCUUCAAAUGCGAUCUCUGCGACAUGCGCUUCACGGUCCACUACGAGCUGAAGGUCCACCGAAGGAAGCACACCGGCGAGCGGCCCUACCAAUGCACCUUCUGCUCCAAGGACUUUGCUCGACCGGAUAAACUCCGGCGACACGUUUUCAUGCACAACGUUAAGUCGUGAAGCAAUGAUUUUAAGACUAACUGAUGGUUAAAACCAGUCGCGUAAUUCUUUAUUAUUAAGCAAAAUGUGCAUUCAGUAGAUCUCCAUGGAAAAACUAAAUAAUAUAAGCUUCAAAUUGCUCUUAAUGGAUCUUUAUAAAGAGUUUAAGA